UCUGCAAUAUAUUAUUCCGCCAUGUCUCAACAGCAACACCCCCGUGUAGAUCCAAAUAUCUGGCAGAAAUUCGCCGGAGAUUCCUUCACUGUUCCCAAACUUCAUUCCAAAGUAUAUUAUUUCCCUCAAGGUCAUUUACAACAUGUCUGUCCUAACACUCAACCACUCGAUGGUUGUCGUCCGUCGAUUCUCUGCAUAGUCUCCGCCGUUGAUCUACUUGCAGAUCCUGAAACUGAUCAAGUUUAUGCAAAAUUACUCCUCACUCCCGUAAUUGACGGAAGUGUUGUUCCUCUUGAGUUUCACAAUGGACCCGAUGGUGAUCAAAUUGUUUCCUAUGCCAAGACUCUCACUAAUACUGAUGUUAGAAGCGGGGCUGUACUCUACAUACCUAAGGCCGGUGCCGACUCGAUCUUACCAGCGCUCCCGCCGCUUGACUCUAGAAACCAAUCGCGGUUUCAAGAUAUAUCCGUCAAGGACGUUUGCGGUGUAGUCUCGCAAAUUCGCCACUUCCACCGCCUAUGUCCCUUUCAACACCUGUUCACCAUUGGCUGGAGUGGAUUUGUUAGCAAGAAGAAACUUGUUGUCGGUGAUACAGUUGUUUUUGUUAAAAACUCGGCUGGAAAUAUAUCCAUUGGAAUUCGUAGGAAUGGGAAGUUGGCUGCCGCUGCAAAAAUGAUAGAAAAGGAAGUUAAGUUGGCAAUAGAAUUGGCAGAGAAGAAGGCAGCGUUUGAAGUUGUGUACUAUCCAACGGUAGGUGGUUUUGAUUUUGUGGUGGGAGCGAAGAUAGUGGAGGAUGCAAUGAAAGUUAAUUGGAGGUGUGGGAUGAGAGUUACACACAUGGUGAAGAAUGACGACACUUCUAAGGGAUGCUCCAUUUUUAAUGGGAGAAUAUCUAAUCUCUCCUCUCGUUCUACUCGUCCAUGGCGCAUGCUUCAGGUUAAAUGGGAUGAUCCUCAUGUCCCUGAGAAUCUAAAGCAAUUAUGUCCUUGGCAGGUUGAACUUAUUAAUUCUAACCCACCUAUAUCAGAUAUACAAUUCCCUCCAACAAAAAAGUUGAGAGGUGCUCAAGGUUCUGUGUUGUCAACUGAGCAAAAUAUUAGCAUUUCUCACACCUCUAGUACUUUGAACUCCUUUAAAAUAAAGAAUGUUGAUAUUGACAAUUGCAAUAACAAGAAAACUAGACCGGGUUCAAUAAUGUUAUUUGGUAAGAUGAUACAACCUAUUGAAAGGGAUUUGUAUGAGUCUUCUGAUAUUGUAGGAGACAAUAGUUGUAAGAGGAGUAAUGAAACUGAUAAAACUUGUUAA